AUUUCGACGGAGCGGAACACGGCGAAAACAGAGGCUGAGAUGGCACGAAACAUUCGCAGCGCCAAGGCAAAGGGCGCACGGUUCCAGAGCGAGGUGCAGGCCAUGCUGGUGGACGCCAUCCCUGCGGUUGCAGCACGUGACAUCAUCAGCACGCCCAUGGGCCGAAACGGCGCAGAUCUCCUGCUUUCCCGAGAGGCGCAGGGCCUGUUUCCCUUUGCUAUCGAAUGCAAAAACACAGAGACGCUCCAGUUCUGGCGGUGCAUGAACCAGACUCUGCGGCACGCCCAUUUGGAGCGUGAGGACGUGCUGCCGCUGCUGGUGUUCAAACGCAACCGCCGCCAGCCAUACUGCGCCCUGCGCUCAGCAGAUUGGCACUCGCUGGCAACGGCUGCCCACGCCCCAGCAACCGCCAUCCUCGAGGCCGCAGCGCAACGGUAUCAAGGCAAACCGGGCGCCAGAAAGAAGACCAAGGCCAAGGCCAAGGCAGCCGCAGAUUCGAAGAGCAGCAACAAGAAGACAAACGCAAAGAAGCCAGCAGCGACAGCAUCCAAAGCAGCAAAGGCAGCGAAAGCUGCAUCAAGCGAAACAGCAGUGCGUGACGCCAGCAGUGGCAGUGCCAAAGAGAUCAUGGCAAGCCUGAUUAUCCCAGAGUCCGUGACGGGCCCAGCAGAGCAGCUGUACCGCCUGUAUGGUAUGGAGGUGUGCUCGGAUCGCCUCAACAUCUGGCGAUAUCUGGAGGCAUUGGAGAAGGAGUGCGCGCGCACGUCACUGCUGCCGUAUUUGACACUGCGCCGGUGCAAGCAGAAUGCACAGCUCACGUUCCUUGAUGCACAACACAGCUUCGACGUGCUACCGUUCCACGUGUUCCUGGACAUAUUCGCGACCGCGGCCGCGAGUGGAUGGCAGUAUGACACAACCACCAGCAUCGCAACCAUCGCACGCCCACACAACACUUCAGCAGCAACAGGGGCAGCAGCGGGAGCAGUUGCAGACGCGCACACCAGCGCCCACGGCGUAACAGCUGCGCCGAGACCUUCAACGGCAACGGCAACGCCUUUCGUGGAUGAUGGCGCGGGUUUGGCAGCUGCACACAUGGCAGCAUCAUCGCAGUUUUCGGUUGGGGUGAGCACUGGUGCGGCGGCAAUAUGCAUCUCUGGUGGUGGUGGUGGCGUUGGUGGCCGGCAGCCGCUAACCAUCAUUUCCCAUGGAGCGCCCACAGCGGUGCACGUGCAGUGGUGAUGUGCCGCUUGUGUGAGUUGUUUGUCUGUGUGUGUGUGGGGGGGUGAGGGUGUUGUUGUUGUUGUAUGAUGGGGAAGUUGACGCUUCACUGCUGGUCAGUGUUGUUGCCUGAAUACACUGGGAU